AUACUCAGUUUAUCGUCAACGCUGGCACCCUAGAUAGUGGAUGUCACUUAUUUGGACUGGUCGUAUGUUACACCACCAAUGAACACCAAUGAACUCGAUAAAGUAGUGGUUGAGCAGAGCAGAAACCUGAAGAACAAGAUCACAAAUCUCAUACGAAAACGACUAGGGCUUUUCGAUAGCGAUCGUCAACGCCACCAUCCAAUAUUCUCUGCUGAUACCAUCGAAAAGAUUGCUUUCACUCUUAGCGAUCAGCAACUCAUCACUGGAGUGUCUAUCAUCAUCGUGGGGUUUCAGAGGCACUGCGUCAUGACGCAGUAUCAUUUCUAUAUUGUAUACCUCCUCGAAGUUUUCAGCUUCGCUACUCACCAGCCCACCAUGAUGAUUCUGAGGAAGAAGCUAAAGCUUGGAGUUGUUGUGCAAUGUAUUUGGGCCGACCUUCCUCAGUACUAUAAUGGCUCAGAAGUUGCAUUUACAAUCGUAACAUCGGUGUUCUUGUUUUGGGGGUUUGCAGCUGUUAGCAAGGAGCUCUGUCCACCUGACUAUGAUUCAUUUAAAGGACAUGCCAUGAGAUUCUUUACACCUAGGUGGUGGCAUGACUUGACAAGCCAGAAGUUUGAAGAAUUGCACCUCAUACAACCUUUUGUGUCCCUAUGUCAUGGAAGAGAUCGUGAUCAUACGCGAGGAUCUUUCCGUUUCAUUCUCGAUAGCACCCUCUUCAUAACCUAUCUUCUCGGUUUCACCCUCAUACAGAUUUUUGCAUCACGUACAUUCGAUCUCUAUCGUGUCUGGGCAACGCUAUUCUACGCUACUUUUGCGAUCACAGGCAUAAAAGACGCGGCGAUUUCAGCAAUGACGCUAGAAAAUACACCAGUAAUGAAUGGAGAUGAAAAUUCUUGGGGAUUCGGCCAGGUACUGCCUAUGCUCCUUUUGGCUCUCCCUACUUCCCAGGUCUGGGAGAUGAUUUGGGGUAAGAUCCACGCCCUAACCGGCUGA